AUGGUCACCAACAACCGGGAUAUCGACAACAUGAGUUUUUCUCAGCUGAAUCACUUGGUUCGUGCAAUGAGAAAGCGCGAAAACCAGCUUUCCCGAGUGACCUCGCAGUUUUUCGACUCUGUCAACCAGCAUCUGGAGAAGAUGCUCCGUGACACGAACUCUCCUACUUCCAGACAAGAGUGUUCCGAGGCGGCUCGGACUUUGAAGCGGAAUUUCGCCCUGAUGCUUGUCCUGUGGAAAGAAGACCGAACCAAUCUGGUUCAACUGCUGACAGAAUGUGUUUCUACGCUCGCAAAAACGAUGCAGCGACUGGCUCAACUCCCCAAUGAUUCCGGAAAGGUGCUUAGUCGAAACGCCAAAUCCAUCAUCACAAGAGCCGAAAAGACAUUAAAUUCGAUCACUGAACGUUUCGAAAAUAUGGAGAAAACGACACUAUCGACACUAUUGCGCAAGUUCGUUGUACGCCAGAACCCGGAGUUGAAAAAGUGGUUUCGCCAGGAACACCUCAGCCGUCGCCGCAAUAUCCGACCUAUCGUGGCUUUGGCCCAAGAGAGAUUUUGGCCAAAGGAGUCAUUCUAUACGCCUCCCGAGCUCAUGGUACUGUUUUACAUCAAUGCAGAUAUCCUGGCAUGUGUAAAGUCCAGUCGCAUCAACUCUGACUGGCUCCGUUGCUUUCAGGACCCGCACAUGGAAAAACACUGGGAGGCGAAGAUGCGGGCUCAGAAUCCAACUUUUCGGCUAGGGGAUGCGGAUACCCAGACUUGGGCUGACUGUAUCUUGGCUUAUGCAGGCCGACUCGAAACCUGGCAAGCUGUUGAUUAUGUGAGUGGCAACACUACAAACAAGACCCCUGCUGAGGGAGACUCCCACAAUCUCCAAUCAGACGUCUUUCAACUGGAACCUCGACAUUUUGUACCUCUCAAGGACUCAUGGGAGUACUUUUGCUACCAUCAAGAUGUUCCGAUGUUCCAUAGUGGCGGUCCGCUCACGCCUUCUGAGCUUCUCCAAGUCUUGUAUCUGGACAACGGUGCUGCAUUCAUUAAAUAUGGGGGCAUUGAAUUCACGCUUCCUCCCAGCAUUCUUCCGGAUGAAAUGCUUGGCUAUGUCGAAGAUCAUAAUUAUUCGCUACUUUCUGUCAAGCUGACUGACCGCACAAUCCAAGUUCGGUUGAAGAACGGACAAGUUGUCUUAUUUUCCCGCGACGACCCCCAUUCCCAGAAAUUCUUCUUGGGAGCAGUUGGAGAAGACUACUUUGAAGUCGGAGAUGCUCUUUUUGCGAGGGCAAAACAAGGCACGGGUUGGACUUACUCCAUUUUUGAAAUCGGCAAUCAGGAGACUGUCAGGGUGUUCGCCGGAAGCUCGAAGUUCUCAACUCCUGUGACUUGUGGAAAUGGCAUCAUUUGGUGGAGGAUCGAUCGACAUCUCGUCCCUGCGUUUUAUGACCAGAGUGGUUCGGGAACAGUGUAUGUACCACCAAGCACUAUCAAACUGGAACAACAACCGGAGCCAGUGAGUGCCGAUCCCCAACAUUCUACAAAGCAAGUGGGCAGCCAACUGGCUGGGUCGUCGUGGGAAUGGGUGUCCCUCGCCGUAAACCACAACGCUACCCGCUUGGGAUUGGUCAUGUCUGCUGCUGCAGGAUUUAUGGCAAUAGUACGUUGA